AUGCCGGCCACAAUCAAACGGUUGGCUCUUCUGCCCUGCAUCCUCCUAGUUCUGGGGCUUUAUGUUUACUAUCAACCUGAACCACGACCACUCACUCAUAAUGGAGUACUUGACAAAUUUCCUGCUAAAAAGCCAAACCGAGAGCAUCUAUUUGAUGGCUCCUGGAAUUAUCAGCGCGAUAGAGAUAACCUGAUGCUCACCCAAGACCAAUGUGACCAGGCAUUUCCCGAUCUCUACGCCGAACUUGAUCGCGCCAGGGACGAUCGCAAAUCCCGGCCGAUAUCUCUCAGGGAACUGGAUGCGAUCCCAGCCCGAAAUGGAUAUAUUCGAGCUAUGAUAUAUGAUCAGCAGUUGUAUGUCAUCGACAAGGAAGGCUCCAUUUGGUCCCGAGAAAAAGCCACACUGUCGGCGAUAAACCGAGCGAUUCUUUCAUCGCCGGAGCCGCUCCCUAACAUUGAAUUUGUUUUCAAUACAGACGACUCGGUCGAUGAAUUGCCCCUUUGGGGGUAUGCUCGUCGCGCAAAAGACAAGUCUAUAUGGUUGAUCCCGGAUUUUGGAUACUGGUCUUGGCCGGAGACCAAAGCUGGGUCUACACGCGAAGUGCAAGCCAAAGCCGAAUGGGCGGAAGAAGAAGAAGGGCUGACCUGGAGCAAUAAAACGGCCAAGCUGCUCUGGCGCGGAGUGCCUAACAUGGGCCCAACAAUCCGGGAUAAGCUUAUCCAAGUAACGAGAGACAAGUCCUGGGCGGAUGUGAAGGCACUUGUGUGGAACGACAAGGCCAGUCUGGAAAAUGACUACAAGACUAUGCCGCAGCACUGCGAGUAUCAAUAUGUUGCGCAGACAGAAGGGAAUACAUACUCUGGUCGUCUAAAGUAUCUCCAGAGUUGCAGGAGUGUGGUUGUCUCGCACGAGCUGGAGUGGAUCCAGCACUAUUAUCAUCUCAUGAAGUCCUCAGGACCCGAGCAAAAUUUUGUCCAGGUGAGGCGUGACUGGUCAGAUUUGGAGGGACAAAUGCAGCAUCUUUUGUCUCACGAUGAUGAGGCUAGACGAAUUGCGGACAAUAGUGUUCGAACUUUCCGCGAGAGGUAUCUCAGUCCUGCGGCGGAGGUGUGCUACUGGCGUCGGUUGAUGCGGGAGUGGAAGAAGAUCAUUGAUUUCGAGCCUGAAUUCUUCAAAAUGGUGGAUGGGAAGAAGGAUUGGAGAGGCAUCUCCGUGGAGAGUUUCUUGUUGAUGGGAGAGGUGGAGUAUGACCCCCGGUGA